UGUUCUGUACAUAUCAUGAUCAAACCCAUCAAAGAUGCGCAUGUCUGCCAUUGGCUCUCCAUUUUUUUUUAAAAAAAAGAAGCACUUCAAAAGUUAAAACCGACAGCGUAACUAGAACGAAAGCAAGCAGCGUAGCGUGGUUUCAAACCGCGCGGGAAAAGGUAAAUAAUUGGCGGUAGAAACGUUCAAGCCCACCACCACGAGCGUUACAGGUAAAGAAAGAAAGAAAGGCACGCGUCAUCUUCCUUCCUACUCACGCCGCCGUCCGAUCCAUCAACCAACCGACUAGAGGAGCCGCACACAAGUUUCCCAACUACUCCGGGAACGGAUCGAGCCUAAUCCGCCACUUCGCAUGCACGCCAUCCUCGCCUCGCCGAGAGAGAGAAGCGAUCGAUAUGGAGGUGAAGCUGCACGCGGCGAGGAGCCUCGUCGGCAGGCUGCGGGGUGCCGCCGCGGUGCACGACGGGGCGGCCACCGCCGUCGCCAUCGCCGAGAUCCGCCACGCCACCAAGGACGACCCGGACAUCCGGGCGCCGCUCGCGGACGCCGGGGCGGUGCCGUUCCUCGCCGCGCAGCUCACGGCGCCGUCCGCCGCCUCCGAGGACGCGGCGGCCGCGCUGCUCAACAUCUCCAUCUCCGCGCGGGGGCAGCUCAUGUCCGCCCCCGGGCUGCUGGAUGCUCUCACGGCGGCGCUCCGGGCGGACGAGUACUGCGCCGCCCACCACGCCGCCGCCACCGUGUAUAGCCUCCUCUGCGUCGAGGCCAACCGCCCCGUCGUCGGCGCCAGGCGGCCGUUGCUCGCCGCGCUCGUCUCCCUCCUCCGGGCGGCGCCCAACACCCGCGCCACCAAGGACGCGCUCAAGGCGCUCUUCGCCGUCGCGCUCCACCCGCCCAACCGCGCCACGCUCGUCGGCCUCGGCGCCGUGCAGGCGCUCUUCGCGCUCAUCAUGACGGACGGCCGGAGCGGCAUCAUGGAGGACGCCACCGCCGUCGUCGCGCAGGUCGCCGGGUGCGCGGAGAGCCUGGACGCGUUCACGAGGAUGUCCGGGCUGCGCAUUCUCGUCGACCUCGUCGAGCAAGGUGGCGCGUCGACACCAAGAACAAGGGAGAACGCGGCGGCCGCGCUGCUCAACCUUGUCGUGGCCGGCGGCGAGCGCGCCGUGGCGGAGGUGAUCGCGGUGGGCGGCGCGGAGGACGCGGUGAGGGAGCUCGCGGAGGACGCCACGGCGAGCGCGAGGGGGAAGGCGAAGGCGGAGUCGCUGCUGCGGGCGUUGGAGUGCGGCGGCGCGAGGCGGCGAGAGCACCGGCUCGCCGACUUCCUGAACGGGCUGGUGCAGUCCGACCCGUACAUCUCGUCGCCGGCGUCGGCGUCGACGCACGGGUAAACGGCUGACGCGCUAAUCUUAGACCUUUGCACGUUUACCUUUCUGUUCCUUCUGUAGCAGUGACGUAUUUUAGAUUGGAUAAUGACGUUCUCCGUAUUAUAUAUUUUUUGGAAAGCUAGGAUAUUAUAUUUAUUCAUCCUUUGUAAAUACGUCUACUAUAAGUAGAGCCUAGGGGGUGUUUUGGGGCAAUUACUCUGGGUCUAAUGACUAAUGUAAGGCUAAUUAAGUUGGUGCGGAUCCCAUUGUUGAUACAUUUUUUUUA